ACUCCUGUCAUUUUGGUGACUAGCAAUCUUGGCAACAAAAACAGUGGUAAAGGUUAGAUGAAAUCAAAAACACAUAUAACAACAAUACACACACAUGAAAUACGAUACACAAACGCUCAAAAAAAUAAAUAGUAGCGUUGGGUUUAUCAUAUAACAAAAUCAAAAUUUUGGAACCCUACUAAAUGAAUUAAGUCAGCGUUAUGUGGAACGAAGAUCUGAAUGCUAUUGUUCUAUAUAUAUUAUCUAUUAUGAUCUUUUUUUUAUUUACAAUACAUUUCUUCCGAUAUCUCAUAAAUAAUUCUCAUAUUCAAAUUAGAGACGCUACAAAAGAACAUAAUUGGAAGGCAAUUAGCGGAAUAACCAAGGCAUAUUACUGCAGUAUUUGCGAGGCUUUACUAUUGAAUCUUGAUGCUCUUUUCUGUGAUUCUUGUGGCGUAUGCGCGGAUCGAGGGUGCGUAAAGCUUGCUGAUAAACAGUUAAAAUGUAAAGCUAUAACUCUCAGUAAUGAUCAGCAGAUGAAGCAUCAUUGGAUUAAAGGUAAUUUGCCACUUGUCGCUUUGUGUUACAUCUGUGAAGAAGAGUGCGACGUAGAGCUCGGCCUAACAGACUGGUGGUGUUGUUGGUGCCAAAGAUGUGUUCACGAAACAUGUAAAUCUUCUCUCUCUGAAAUAUGUGAUUUUGGAAAGUUCAAAUUAAUGAUCAUUCCACCAGGAAGCUUAGAAGUAAUAAAUCGACGUAGCACAAUGAGACGUAGACUACAUCUUCGUUCCAUUACACCACCAAAUUGGCCUAAUUGGAAUCCGAUUAUUGUUGUAGGAAAUAGAAAAUCAGGAAACAAUGAUGGAGGUCAAAUUUUGUCUCUGUUCAGAAGAUUGUUGAAUCCUGCGCAAAUCGUAGAUUUAGCAGAACGUGAUCCAGUCGCUGCUCUCGAAUGGUGCCGUUUGUUAGGGAAAGAGAAAACUCCAUCUACUAUACUCGUAGCUGGCGGCGAUGGAACCAUCGCUUGGUUAUUAAACACCAUCAACAAGCUCGAGUUGAAGCCUGUUCCAUCUGUAGCAAUAAUUCCUUUGGGGACCGGCAACGAUCUAUCGAGAGUAUUAGGUUGGGGAAAGGAACAUGAUUCACAUUUGGAUCCCAUGGAACUGUUGCGGAAAGUUCAAGCAGCGGCAGAAGUGAAGCUCGAUAGAUGGUCCGUGAUGAUAAAACCACAUGGCGGAUUAGGAUUUAGAGGAUCAUAUCGCACCUUAUUCAUGUACAAUUACAUAAGCGUGGGCGUGGACGCACAAGUGACUUUGGAUUUUCAUCGCACAAGAGAGAGUCGAUUUUAUCUAUUUAGCCAUAGAAUAUUUAACAAGCUGCUGUACCUGUGCUUUGGCACGCAACAAGUUGUGGAAAGGGAGUGCAAAGAUCUUGAUAAAAAUUUAGAAGUUUAUUUAGACGGCAAGAAGAUAGAUCUGCCUUCAAUUGAGAGCGUAGUGAUACUUAACAUUCCAUCUUGGGCUGCCGGUGUCGAUUUAUGGAAAAUGGGGAUGGAAGACGACGAAAAUUCAGAAGUGCAAAGUAUUAAUGAUGGCAAAUUAGAAGUGGUAGCGCUUUAUUCUUCAUUCCACAUGGCUCAGCUCCAAAUAGGUCUCUCGAAACCACAUCGGAUUGGUCAAGCUAAUACCGUAAAGAUAAAAUUAUCGCGGUCAUGCGCGAUGCAAAUUGAUGGUGAGCCCUGGUAUCAACAUCCAUGCGAAUUCAACAUAACAUACUGCAAUCAAGCUUCUAUGUUGAUAAGUAGCGACUUUUAAAUAUAUGCCGCGCGUGACCUUAUGGCAAUUUGCACAAAUGCAUUUAUUUAUACGUUACUAUGCAAGUGCUAGCUAAAAUUUGCCAGAUCUGUUAACAACUUAGCUGCUUAACAACGGCAAUUAAAAUAUUGGAACGUGUAUAAGAAGAAAUGAAAAACUCUAGUCAAUGUUAAAUAUUCUACAUAAAAGAAAUGAAUGUUAUAAUUUUUAUGGAAUCCUAAAUAACACAAAGUCUAAAGCCAUAUCAUAAAGACGCCUGAUCUGAUUUUAGACUUUGUGUUGUCUUGGAUAUAGUUGUUUCUAUAGAAUUCCAUUUAUUGAUAUGCCCGUAUUUAUAAAAUAUAAAUAUUUAUAAAAUAAAAAUAUACAAAUAUUAUAAAAUAAUAUUACACAUGAAUAAAAGUAUUUUGAUGUUUA